UCGCAUUUCAACGGCGCAGCGAUAGCAGAUUGCAAUGCCGCGUCCUGAUUUGCUUUUCUCCUCUUCCACCUCAACGACCAUCGCUCUACGCCGACCUGCCUGAGCGCCGCUCCUCGUCGAAACACGCGCGUAAUCCGAUGCUUACUUGGCCUCGCUGAUCCGCAUCUCACAAUCGGUCCUGCAACCAAUCCUCAACGUUCUCACCAUCCCGCCGAUUCUCUCCCACCUUCCUCGCAAUCAUGAAGCUACCCCCGAUCGCUGUAGCUUGUCUCUCCGCCCUCGCCAUAGACUCGUGCAGCAACAUUAUUGCGCAACGCCUAAAAGCAUGGAACGAAUCAAAGCCCUUCGUCUUCGACCGUGUUCUCUUCACCCAGUUCGCCAUCAUGGUUGUACUCACCGCACCCAUCAACUACCAUUGGCAGAAUUGGCUCGAGCGCGCAUUUCCGGGCUGGAAGACGGUUAGGCAGACGAGGGCUGUAGGGGAAGGUGAAGAGGAGAAGGGCAUAAUGCUGAGAGAGGAUGGGGAUGGAAAAAGCAUAGUGGAAGAAGAGGUCAGAGUAAGGAAUUGGUGGAAUAUCUUUAGGAAAUGGUUCACAGACUGUAUUACCAUGGGCGCCCUGCUGAAUCAGUCCAUGUUCUUGAUCUUGAUCGGUCUCAUGAAGGGCAAGACUGUGGCAUUGAUUGUACAAGACUUCAGAAACGAGCUUUUUGGUCUCAUCUUCGAUUCAUACAAAGUCUGGCCGAUUGCCAACUUCUUCAGCACGACCUUUGUCCCCGUCGAGCGCCGCAUUGUCUUCCUCAGUUUCUGUGGUCUGUUAUGGAACAUUUACCUCUCGCUGGUGGCAGCUAGAUUAUAGAUAUACGGACAUGCAAUGCAUUUGUUCACGCUCGAGAUACUGCCAUC